AUGUCACACCUCUCAGCUCAUCAAAAGGCUACCGAGUAUUUCAAAGGCCUUAGGCCUGGUCCGCCAGAACCAAGUGGUGCUACUGUGGCUUAUCGGGAGCGAGAUGAGUUGGCAUAUGCGCUGUCCCGAGUGCCCAUGUUGACUCCCAGGCCGCUCCGGAUUAUCGCAGCGGGUGCUGGAUUUGGCGGCAUUGCACUGGCGAGAGCUAUCCAUGCCGGACAGGUUCCUGGAGCGUCUUUGACAGUCUUUGAGAAAGACGCUGGCGUCGGAGGCACAUGGUGGGAAAACCGGUACCCAGGAUGUGCGUGUGAUGUGCCAGCUCAUAUCUACCAGUUCUCAUGGGCGCCAAACCCAACCUGGAGCGCAUUUUUCGCUCCCCAGUCGGAAAUUCGAGACUAUUUCAAGAAUGUUGUCGACCAGCACAAUCUUGGCCAAUACAUCAAGCUUUCACAUAAGGUUGUCGGUGCUAAGUGGAAUGAGGACCGGCAGGUCUGGCAGGUGGAGGUCGUCAGGACUGACGGAAGAGACCUGGUGAUUUCCAGCCAGGGAGUUACGGAAGGCCAAGUCGGAGAGUCGUGGGUGGAAGAAUGCGACAUCUUCGUGAACGCCGGCGGGUUUUUCAACAACUGGAAGUGGCCCAAGAUCCCGGGCCGCGAAGGCUUCCAGGGCCGGAUGUUGCACACGGCCUACUGGCCUACUGAUGCAGACAAAGGCAUCGAAGGAAAGGUCGUCUCGAUCAUCGGCAAUGGCAGUAGCGGUGUUCAGGUUCUGCCGGCGGUUUUGCCUCACGUCAAGAAGAUCUACUACCACAUCCGAAACCCCACCUGGGUAACACCUCGGAUGGCCGAGAAAUUCGCUGGUCCGAAGGGCACAACCCUAAAAUACAGCGAGGAGCAAAAACGAACCUGGUCUGAAAACCCUGAGGAAUAUCUGGCAUACCGCAAGGCUAUUGAGAAGAACUUGACGGAGCGGUUCUUCAUGUACAUGGACAAUUCGACUGCGCAAAAGCAGGCCCGCCAGGCGUGUCUGGAUAACCUGCGAGAAGCACUUGCUGCCAAGCCCGAGCUUCUGGAGUUGUUGACGCCUGAUUACGCUGUUGGGUGUCGCCGUCCCACCCCCGGAAUCGGCUUCCUGGAAGCUUUGAUGUCGGACAAGGUUGAAAUCGUCUUCGGAAGCAUCGCCGAAUUUACUCAGACUGGGAUCCGGACGGACAAUGGCUACCACCAUGACAGUGAAACCAUUAUCUGCGCAACAGGGUUUGAGCUUUCGAUUGCUCCCCGCUUCCCCAUUAUCGGCAGGGACAAUGUCGAUCUCCAGGCCGCCUGGAAGAAUAAGCCAGAAUCCUACCUUUCUCUUGCUGCAGCUGACAUGCCGAACUAUUUCACUAUUCUGGGACCAGCCAGCCCUCUCGCGCACGGAAGUAUCCCCACGUCCAUCGAAUUUGUGGUUCGAUACAUCUGCAAAUUCGCCAAGAAAAUGCAGACCGAAAACAUUUCCUCUUUCUGCCCGAAGAGCCGUGCUGUGCGGGCCUAUCAAAACCACGCCUUGGCUUUCUUGUCACGGACCGCCUGGGCUUCAUCCUGCUCUAGCACUUACAAGAACGGCACCAAGACUGGCGAGCUUCGGUCAUUGCAUCCUGGAUCAAGGCACCAGCUCUAUCACCUCCUCACCAACCCGCGGUAUGAGGACUUUGAAUGGACCAAUCUGUGCCCGGAUCCUGAUCUUAUGUUUGCUUUUAUGGGCAACGGCUUCACAGUGAAGGAAGAGGAAGGCACGGAAAAUGAUUUUUGGUUCAUCGAAAUGGAUGAAGCUGGCAAGCAGAUCGUUCCCUGUACUAACGAAUUUCGAGCAAAUGGAAAUUUGGAGAACCACUCAACUGUGAAUGGGGACGGUAUCUUGGAGAGCCACUUGGCUGUGAAUGGAAAUCGCAGUACUUGA